UAUCAUAAUUAGAUUACAGCUACUAUCACUGCGAAGGAUAUUUCCGUCUAUGUGAAGUUGAAGAGGCUUGUUAGAGACACUGCACGAUUACGCCGAUUAUGUUUGAUAGCAUCCAAGAUAGCUAGCUGCCCUUUGUUCCCGCUGGAUUUCAGCUGUUACGCGCGGAAGCCUGGUUAGACGUCCAUGACGUCGGGGUUUGCAACAAUGCGUAAAUUGCUCGAGUAUAACAUUGACGCAACGAGAACGGGGGCGGUGCAGCAUAACUGGAUUGUGGGCCUCUUCGUAAACGGCGCGCUUGUAUCGGCCAUUGUGGCCUUCUUUAUUGCUCAGUUGUCGAAGGUGUUCACCCACUAUUACCGUGAACAGGUGUGGGACUGGACACGACUCGUCAGCAGCGGGGGAAUGCCAUCCUCGCAUACAGCCCUUAUCAUCGCCCUGACAACAGCAGUUGCCGUCCAGGACGGCACCGACAGCUCCCUCUUCGCCAUGUGUCUGGUCAUCUCGCUCAUCGUCAUGUACGAUGCUACAGGUGUUCGUCUUCAUGCGGGUCGGCAGGCCACCGUUCUGAAUAUCAUCAUAGCGGAGAUGCCACCCGACCACCCAGUACAGGACUCUGGGCGGCUAAGGGACAGCUUGGGGCACACCCCCGUCCAGGUUGCGGUGGGUGCUUUACUGGGAGUGGUGGUGGGGUUAGUGGUGCAGUCGCUCUUCCUGCACGGCUCAGGUGGAGCCAGCGGCGGCUUGGCGGCGAGCUUAGCGGGAGCACUGGCACCUGGACUUGGCGAGCAGGAGCCUCCGGGCGGCGUCCUUGCUGCAGGCGGCAGCGUGGGCGGGGACUUCCUCUCCGGAGGUAGAGGUGUAAAUGUAGGCGGGGCCGGGGGCCUGGUGGCACCCGGUGAACUUCUCUCGGGGUUCGGGAGAGCAGCGCCGGUGGGGGCAACAUAAGGAGGUAAAGGAUGAUGUGGAAACGAGGUAAUGAUUGCGGCGCACGCGAGGGCGCGCCACUACUGGAUAUGCAGACGACACGGGGCGGGUGGCGGGAAGCGUACGCAUGUGUAUUUGGGACUGUUGGUCUGUACGCAACUAUUUGGACCCGGCUGGAGGCCGCUGGGGCUGGUAAUGAAAGGCUAAUGCGAAUGGCGGGAAGCUAGCACACAGCCAAAUCUUCCAGGAUAGGGAUGGAGCGGGCCUUAGCGACUUUUAUGUACAGUGUGCCAACGAAAGAUAUACUUGAAGCAGUAAGGGUAAGGAUUGCCCGGAAAGCCCUCGCGGGGGCAGCAUGCGGGAGACAGGAGAGAUGACGGUUAUUAGACGCAGUGUGUUGAUACAGGCGUGGACGCAGCAGUAGAAGAAAGACUUCGUGGAUAGAUUGGACGGACGUAAAUCAGGCAGGUGGGCCUUGUUGCGUAAGGUGGAGGAGAGCGGCCAACAUUUGGGGUCCUUGCGGCUGAAAAAGCCGUGCACUUGGUGACAGAACACGGACUCCCGAGCGCGAACGUUGUUGCGUCGUGGCCUUGGAGGAGUUGCAUAUGUGCUUCGGAAAAUCCUCUCUGCGAGUUUUUAUCGCCGUUAGUGGAGUUAUUCUGCCCUCAUGCUUUAGCCAAACAUCUUG